CUUUCUCAUUUAGAAGUGCCCAUUUAUUCUUACCUUAUCUCCAACUUAUACAAAUCUUUCUAGUCUCACACUCCAACGAAAAUAACAGAAAAACAACAAUGGCCUCCCUAAUAGAAAACCAUAAUCUUCUCAUUGUCAUCUUCUUACUACUUCCACUUCUUGCUCAAAUUUCAUCAUCUGAAACUACUCAACCCCCAAUUAUUCUUCAGCCUUACAUAAUCGAUUAUCAAAACGGCACCGUUUUACGAUACAAUAGUACCACCCCACCCACCGUCGUCCCACCUCCAAAUGAUGCUCAUGUGCAAUCCAAAGACAUCACCUUCCCUGCUUCUUCGGACCGCAAUCUCCGGGCUCGGGUUUUUCUACCAGCCCAUCCUGACCCGCACCGGAAGAUCCCUGUUCUUGUAUACUUUCACGGAGGAGCCUUCUGCAUUGGUGCCCCAUUCUACAGUGGUGACAGCAAUUUUGUGGCUAGGGUCGCGGCUGAGGUCGGGGUUCUUGCAGUUGCCAUAGAUUAUCGCCUGUACCCGGAGUUUACGGUUCCCGCCCCUUUUGAAGACGCAUGGGCUUCCCUCCAGUGGAUAGUAGCCCAUGCGUCUAGUACUGGGCCUGACCACGACCCGUGGCUAGCCCGGUAUGGAGAUCUCCAGAGGAUCUAUGUUGGAGGGGAUAGUGCAGGGGGUACAAUAGCUCAUAAUUUAGCGAUGAAGGCCGGGCUUAGACCCAACACACGCUUCAUAGGCCUCUUCUUGGCUAUGCCAUAUUUCCUCGGGUCGAAACGGGUUCCACUCGAGCCCGAGGGUAUCGCAUCCUCCACUAAUUCUAAAGUAUGGUCUUAUGUUUGUAACAAUUGUACAAAUGGGGUCGAUAAUGGGUUCAUCAACCCAUUUGGGCCCGAGGCACCGAGCAUUACCCACCUCGGGUGUAAAAAGUUGUUGGUUUACACAGCCGAGGUGGAUGAGCUUCGGGCCCGUGGGAUAUGGUACUACAAAAUGGUUAAGGCAAGCAAGUGGGCUGGUCAGGCCGAAUGGAUCGAGGCCAAGGGGGAAACCCAUGUAUUCCACAUAAUAAAACCAGACGAGCCAGCAACAACUAUAAUGAUUCAAGAUUUGUCAACUUUCAUAAAUGCUGAUUGAUGUUUUUCCUGGCUUGGUAAUGGUCAUUAUGAAUUUAUGAUCA